GUAUAGCAUAAGCCUUAACUCUUACAAACCUUAAACAUGUCUCCCUUCAAAUCCUAUGGAAAAGUCAAUGAACUUGAACAAAUGAUGUUAGAAGCAAAAAAGAAAACAAGAAAGAGAAUCACAAUCAUAGGCUUAUCUUCAAUAAUCCUUGUUGGUGUUGUAAUUGGAGCUGUAUUUGGAGUUGUUAACAACAAUUCAAAAAAUGAUCAUGACAAUAAUGCAUCACAAAAUUCAGUGACUAAUUCUAUGAAAGCUGUUUGUGAUGUAACAUUGUAUAAGGAUUCAUGUUACGACAGUCUUGGCUCUGUUGUAAACUCGGGUAAAGAUGUUCAACCUGAAGAGUUGUUUAAAUUGUCUAUUAAUGUGGCAUUAACUCAUGUGUCUAAAGUUAUUGAGUAUUUUAAUGAUCAUGGUGUUUUCAAAAACUUGAUUGGUAAUGAUAGUAAGAAUAAGGAAGCUUUGAAAAAUUGUAGGGAUCUUUUGGACCUUGCUAUUGAUCAUUUGAAUAACUCAUUGACUACUUCAGGGGAAAAUUCUUCACUUCAUCAAAUUUUUGAUGAUCUACAAACAUGGUUAAGUGCUGCAGGUACAUACCAAGAAACUUGCAUUGAAGGCUUUGAGGAUACAAAACAAGAACUUAAGAAAAGUGUAGUAAGCUAUCUUAAAAAUUCUACAGAAUACACAAGCAACAGUCUUGCCAUAAUUACAUGGAUUAACAAGGUUUCAAACACUCUAAAUUUGAGGCGUUUAAUGAGUUUACCUUAUGAAAAUGAGUCACCAAAAUGGCUUAAUUCAAAAGAUAGGAAAUUACUUGUGACAAAAGAUUUGAGAUCAAAAGCUGAUAUAAUUGUUGCUAAAGAUGGUAGUGGGAAAUAUAAAACUAUAUCUGAAGCACUUAAACAUGUUCCUAAUAAGAGUAAGAAGAGGACUUUGAUUUAUGUGAAGAAAGGGAUUUACUAUGAGAAUGUUAGAGUAGAGAAGACAAAAUGGAAUGUUAUGAUUAUUGGUGAUGGUAUGACUGCUUCAAUUGUAUCUGGUAGGCUUAAUGUUGUGGAUGGCACACCAACAUUUUCAUCUGCAACAUUUGCUGUAUUUGGGAGGAAUUUCAUAGCUAGAGACAUGGGUUUUCGCAAUACAGCAGGUCCACAGAAACACCAAGCAGUAGCACUAAUGACAAGUGCUGAUUUAGCAGUUUACUAUAAGUGUCACAUUGAUGCUUAUCAAGACACUCUUUAUGUUCAUGCCAAUCGCCAAUUCUAUAGAGAAUGUAACAUUUAUGGAACAGUUGAUUUCAUUUUUGGAAAUUCAGCAGCUGUUAUUCAAAACUGUAACAUUAUGCCUAAGUUACCUAUGCAUGGACAACAGAACACAAUCACAGCACAGGGAAAAACUGAUCCUAACAUGAACACAGGUAUCUCAAUUCAAUACUGUAACAUUGCACCAUUUGGAAACUUGAGUACUGUCCAAACAUACCUUGGAAGACCAUGGAAGAAUUACUCAACCACAGUAUACAUGAAAUCAAGAAUGGAAGGUUUUAUUAAUCCAAAGGGUUGGUUACCUUGGGUAGGGAACUCAGCACCAGACACUAUUUUUUAUGCAGAGUUUCAGAAUGUUGGACCAGGUGCUUCAACAAAGAAUAGAGUGAAAUGGAAGGGUUUGAAAAAUAUUAGUAUUAAACAAGCUAAUAAGUUUUCAGUUAAGGAUUUUGUUCAAGGUGAUAGAUGGAUUUCUGCAUCAGGUGCACCAUUUAAGGCUAAUAUAUGAUGAGACAGAAGUCAUAAGAUGCAAAAGCUCCUUUUGUUAGAAAUGUCAUUACUUUUUUGUUAUUUUUUCUCUUUUCCAAUGAUUUUGUAUUGUAUUAUUGGUUUGAAACUGAAUAAUGAUUCUUUUUAUUUGAUUUUAUUCAUUAAAGAAAGUAAACUUUGAUUUUGGUCUGUAAAUGU